CUGGAUGGAGCAGUGCCGCAUUCCUCUUUCAAACCUCCAUUGAACCAUUCUCUCCUCCGCCCACCCUCUUCUUCUAAACACUAUUAUUAUUCAUUUCAGAGAGAGGAGAGAGUAUCCCUCAUCCAUCAACAUGAUUGCUCGAACUCUAUUCACUGCUUUCAAGACAUCCAUUCUUCCAUCCUCUUCCUCCCAAUUGCUCCCCUCUUCUCCUCCUCACCUUGUCGAUCUGUCACCACCUUGGUUUUGGCGGAACACGAUUCCGGUUCCAUCAAUGCCGCUUCCCUUAGCGCUAUAGCGGCUGCCGCUUCCCUUAGCGCUAUAGCGGCUGCCGCUUCCUUGAGCACUCACACUUCCAUUUCCCUCCUCUUGGCGGGCUCUGGGCCUUCGCUUCAUCAAGCUGCUCAACAUGCUGCCUCUUGCCACCCAUCUAUUUCUCAGGUGCUUGUUGCUGAUUCUGAUAAAUUUACAUACCCCUUGGCAGAACCUUGGGCUCAGUUAGUCCAAUUGGUUCAACAGAAGAAUGGGUUUUCUCAUGUAAUUGCGGCUUCAGGUUCUUUUGGGAAAAACAUUCUUCCACGCGCUGCCGCUCUUUUAGAUGUUUCUCCGGUUACGGAUGUCGUAGCUAUAUCUGAAUCUCGACAAUUUGUGAGGCCCAUAUAUGCUGGCAAUGCGCUUUGUACAGUUAGAUACACAGGAGCUGACCCUUGUAUGUUGACCAUAAGAUCUACAUCAUUCCCAGUGCCUGCAAGAUCUGUUGAGUUGGCAUCAAAUAAGUCCGCUAUAUCUCAGGUUGAUCUCUCAAUGCUUGGUGGAGAUUCUAUUGGAAAAUCUAGAUACGUAAAGCAAACAUCUCCGGAAGCAGAACGUCCUGAUCUUGCAAAUGCACGUGUUGUUGUCACUGGAGGACGUGGUUUGAAAACCGCUGAGAACUUCAAAAUGAUUGAGAAGCUUGCCGAGAAACUUGGUGCUGCAGUUGGUGCCACACGUGCUGCUGUUGAUGCUGGAUUUGUUCCCAAUGACCUUCAGGUUGGACAAACUGGUAAAAUUGUAGCACCAAAACUAUAUAUGGCUUUUGGUGUAUCAGGAGCCAUUCAACAUUUGGCAGGAAUCAGAGAUUCUAAGGUUAUUGUGGCUGUGAAUAAAGAUGCAGAUGCACCAAUUUUUAAGGUUGCUGACUAUGGAGUCGUUGGGGAUCUGUUUGAGGUUAUACCCAAGUUGCUUGAAAAGCUUCCUGAAAAUGGAAGUCGUAUUCUUGGCCUUGGUGACCUUGGAGUUCAGGGAAUAGGAAUACCUAUAGGAAAGCUGGAUAUGUAUGUUGCUGCUGCUGGCAUAAACCCUCAAAGAUGAAAGAGGCACUAUCGGCAAUGACAUGUACAUGUGAUUUUAAGCAAGAACCAGGAGAGUGAGAGUUUACUGUGCCGUGUUUAGAAUUUGCUGAUAUCUUUUUCCCGUUCAAGCAAGUAUUCCUGAUAGUGGGGAUUCUUCCAGUAAUGCUAGAUAUUGGUUCUAACAACGAGAAGUUACUUAAUGAUCCUCUUUGAAACGGAAAGAGCAAAGUUGACAGAGUUGGAUGAAAGGACUAUAUAUGAGGUAAGAAGGUUCUGGUAUUGGAAUUAUCUUUACAGAACCUCCCGAAUAAUUGCAGUGAAGAUGAUUUGCUCUACACCCUAACACAUUCUCUGGUAUUUUAAUUUUAUUGCUGUACAUUACAUACAAUCUUCAUUUUUCUUGGCUCUGCUGUAAGUGGUGUUUCUUCUAUUAUGGAUUUGUAUUAUACAAGACUGCCAUAUUAAGUCAUUGAGUUAUGAAAAUUAGAAACAUAUCAUUUGUAGGAGAGAACAUGAUCAUUCUGAAGCUGAAAGAGCUCAGCAAAUAAAACAUUUGCAUGAACUUGAAGAACACAUUCAUGAGAAAGAGCGGCAGCUUCUUGAGUUACAGAAGCAGAUUCUUGAUGCAUUUUCAAGUUGUUACUCAUAUGCUAACAAGGUCAUACAACUAUCUUUUUUCAACACUAAUUCUCAAGCUGUGAUGCUGCUAUUCAUGUGAUUGUAAAAAUAGAAAGUGUAUACUCCAUACCAAAUUUGCAUUCAAUUAUUACAGCUUCUGAUGGGGCAAUGGUUGUCAGAGGUGAUCUUGGUGCAGAACUUUUUAUUGAAGAGGUUCCUCCUGUAGUUAACUUUUUCAAUAAUAAUAAUAUUAAAAAAAGAAGCGAUCCUUUGGGUACCUUAGAUAACUUUUUUAAUUAUCUUAAAUUCAUGUCUUUUUUAAGCUUAUGCAAAAUUGGGAAGUUUUAGUUUCAUGUUUAGAUAUAUAUACAUGUUAGGACGAAUCAUAAUGAAAUUCAGCAUUUGGGUUGUUUGCUUUUGACUAGUCUGAAUGGUGUGGUUUAGCUUGUUUGGCUCAAUCAAAAGAUUAUUAAGAACUUGUUUAAUCAAGCUAAUUUUUUUGUUGUU